AUGGCGCAGCCGCAGCGGCGGCGGAGCAGCAUCAUGCUGAGCCCCUUCGCCGACAAGGCGAAGAACGACACCGUCGCCUUCGCGACGAAGCCCGUCGCCGCCGCCGAGGCGAAGAAGGGCGUCGAGGUCGUCGCCGGCUGCGCCAAGUGCAGCGCCGCGGACCACGCCGCCUUCGUCGCCGAGCUCAACGAGGACGAGGCCAACGAGCACAAGCUCAACGUCGUGGCGACGUGGAAGGAGGGCCGCCUCUUCUCCGUGGCGCAGAUCAAGGCGGUCCUCGAGACGCUCACGUCCGUGAAGACGCGCGUCGCCAUCGUCGAGAUGCUCGGCCCGCGCGCGACGGACCCGAAGCACGGCGGCGACAUUGUGGAGAUGUUCCAGUACAACAAGGAGAAGGAGACCUGCGCCGCCAUCUUCUCCGCGCGCGGCAAGCAGACGGACCGCGCGGCGUCGAGCGGCAUGAAUCCCAUGGCCGCGCUGGCCGCGGCGGCGCCCGCGCCGCCGCCCGCGCCCGUCGCCGCGCCCGCGCCGCCGCCCGCGCCCGUCGCGCCGGCGCCCGUCGCGCCGCCGGCGCCCGUCGCGCCCGCGGCGCCGCCCGUCGCCGCGGCCGCGCCCGUCCGCCGGCGGUCGUCGCUGCCGCGGCACCGGGCGACGUCGAACCCCGUGACGCACACGGUGAACCUCGACGACCACGUGUCGUCGUCGGACGACGAGGGCGCCGCCGCGCCGCCGCCGCCGCCGAAGAAGGCCGUCGGGUUCUCGCCGGACGUCGCAGACUCGGCCGACACGGGCGGCCGCCGCGCCAAGUCGGCCGCGCGGCACAAGAUGUCCGUCGCCCGCCAGCACCUCGAGAACAACAAGAUCGACCUGGACCGCGUCACGGACCACCACGGCCUCUUCACGCUCGAGGAGCUCCAGGCCUUCAAGGCGGACCGGCACUUCCCCCACGUCGACCCGACGAAGCUCGAGGCGCUGACGCCCGAGGAGCAGGAGCGCAUCGCCGCGCUCCACGCCAUGGACCCGGAGCUCCAGAAGCAGCUGGCGUUCAAGGCCAUGACGGACGUGCUCGCGACGUCCGUGGCGUCGGCCCUCGCGGCCGCCGCCGUGCUCGACACCUGGACGCAGCCCGCGUACGCCAUCCCCGUGCCCAACGCGGGCACGUUCUACUGGCUCGCGGAGACCGUGGGCAAGGUGCCGCUCGUGGGCUCGAAGCUCGCGGGCGAGAUCACGAACGUCGUCGACGCGCUCGCCGUGUCGAUGAAGGACGCGGCGCUCACCGUCGCCCGGGACGCGCGCACGAAGGCCUGCUACGACGCGAUCAUCGCCGACUUACAGCCCGCGGAGAACAUGGUCGAGCUCUGCGCGAAGCCCGGCGGCGCCUUCGCGGACGCGCUCGUGAAGACCGCGGACGCGGCGCUGGCGAAGAGCAUGGAGCCCGUCGUCAAGGCCGUCAUGGAGAAGCACACGCUGACGGCGACGUGGCAGACGGGCAUCGCGGCCUACAACGGCGCCGCGUCGAAGAUCCCCGGCUGCGAGCCCAUGGACUUCGACCUCGACAAGUACGUCCUCGACCAGAUCCUCGCGACGAUCGGCCUGCUCGUGCGGUCCAACGAGGCCGCGACGCGCGCCUGCGUGCCGGCGGACGCGUCCGACGCCGUGAAGCAGGUCUUCGGCGGCGGCAUGCGCGACCCGGACGAGCUGAUCAUGGCGCUCGUGCUCGUGCCGAAGGGGGACCCGCGCCAGUUCGUCGUCGAGGCGCCCAAGCUCCCGACGAAGGACGCGCGGGGGCCCAUCAAGACGACGGGCGGCCUGGCCAUCGUGCUCAAGGACGGCGAGACGACCUGCGCGGGCGGCAUGAACUACGCGUUCCUCGGCGUCGGGCAGCCCACGGACGACGACGCCGUCGGCGUCGCGCCCCAGUUCUACCUCGACGGCAAGUUCCUGGUCGCGGAAGCCUGCGGAAAGACGCUCCUCCUCGACUUCUGCUACGGCCGCUACCACGAGGGCAACCGGGUCGUGCUGGCGAACUCGACCAAGGGCGACAAGGAGACGUUCGCGAAGCACCGGUCCACGGAGUGGGUGUUGACCAAGGAGCAGACGCUCCAGACCUGCCGCAACUCGAGCUACGUCCUCGGCAUCCGCCUCGACGAGAACAAGCCCAAGGAGACGGCCGCCGCGGAGUGA